AUGCCAUCACUACAACAACAGCAGCAGCAGCAACAGCAGCAACAGCAACAACAACAGCAGCAGCAGCAGCAACAAAAUCAACAACGCCAGAAGAGCAUCAACAAUGCCACCAUCACCUCAGCCCCUGGUAUCGCCUCUUCGUCAUCGCAGUUGUCUUCGUCUCUGCCUUCUUCGUCCUCCCCAUCUGCAUCUGCACCUACAGCUCGCCACUCCUUACCCUCUUCUAUUGCCGUAGCCUCGUCCUCAACUUCACACGCUGCUAUGCCCCGUGGCUUUUGGAAUAUGGACGAACCUACGAGAAACCGAUUGUUGAAGCAGUACCGUACGCAGGCUGCCUCUGCGGCGUCGACGCUCUUUGCAACGCUUUCUGUGACGCCGCUGGAAAACCUUAAAACUCGCAUGCAAACACAUGAUUUUCGAGGCCUAACCGACUGUGCCCGCUAUAUAUGGCGCACGGAGGGCUUUAGAGGAUAUACUGCAGGUCCCUUCGAACUAGCCAAGAACGUUGUUCAAACUUCCGUCCUCAUGGCCAACAGAUCGCACGCCAUAGCUGGGACGGCCACUAACCACCACACGUCCCUCCGCAACAUGCCCCGCCUAGGCACCAUUGACGCCAUAAAACAAAUCGUCUCCCGACAUGGCUACCGCGGCCUGUAUACGGGAGUCCGCCUGCACGCACUGCGCGACACGAUCGGCACUGGCCUCUAUUUUGGCAUCUACGAGACGGCUAAACAGCUCAUCUCGACAUUUCUGGGGGACCACCAAUCGCCCUUUGGUGCGCCGAUGGCCGCAGGGGCGUUAUCGGGGAUUAUCCCUUGGAUAUGCACAUACACUUUAGACACCAAAAAGACACGGGCGCAGAGUAUUCUGCUGGGCAAGUCCAAGGAGAUCGGCGAGGCCUCAAUGGCUGCGGCGCGCUCGUCGAUGUACAAGGGUAUGUCGGUCUCGAUUGCACGCACCGCGUUUCAGAAUAUGAUCCUCCUAUCGACUUUUGAGUAUCUGAAGGUUCGGAUUAAUGAACUUGAGGCGUGA